AAGGAGAUGCUGGCGAGGCGGCAGCACAAUCCCCUCCAGUUCCUGCAGCAUCGCAGUCAGGAGCUGAAGCAGCAGCUUGAUGAUUUGCUUUCUGAGAGUCGACUGAAAGGAGCUCUAGAAGCCAGUAAAAGGCGAGAUAUUUACCAAAGAUGUAUCCAAUUAAAACAGGCAAUAGAUGAAAAUAAAAAUGCUCUUCAAAAAUUAAGCAAAACUUAUAUUCUCUCACAGGCUGAUGAACCUGCCCCUGUUGGGAGUUACAAUCAGACGAAAGAGGAGGAACACAAUCUUUUGGAUAAGCUUACCCACCAACUGCAGGAACUUGCUGUGUCCAUAAGUAGAGAAAAUGUCGCUGAAACUGGGGCGCUUACUGAAGGAGAGGACGAUGACAAUUCUGCUGAAGAAGAUGAAGAAGAAAAAGAAGAAGAGGCCACAAGUGGAGAAUAUGUUGCUGUUGGAGAUUUUAUGGCUCAGCAAGUCGGAGACAUUACAUUUAAGAAAGGGGAAAUUCGCCUUGUAAUUGAAAAAAACCCUGAUGGUUGGUGGAUGGCUAAUGCCAAAGGAAACAAAGGUCUUAGCCUCAGAACAGACUUGGAGCCCUGUAAUAAAGAAGAAGGCCAGGAGUCUAGUGAAGAAGGCAGUGAAGAAGAUGUAGAGGUAGAAAUGGCAGAAGGAGCAGAAGUUAAACAAAGAACCGAUUCUCAUCGGAGUGCAGUCCGAAAAGCCAUCUCAGGGCAGAUUAACACCGUCGACGUAUUGACCACGAUGGGAGCUAUUCCUGCCGGGUUCAGGCCUUCCACCCCCUUCCAGCUUCUAGAGCAAGGGGAUCAAUUUCGAGCAAGUUACUUCUUACAACCAGAGCUCACUACUUCACAACUGGCCUUCAGAGAUCUAACGUGGGUUGCUAAAACAGGCUCUAUUAGGUCAAGACCAGGUUGUGUUUCCUUGAUUCUGACCCUCUGGAGCUGUAAGAUGAUUCCUCUCCCAGGAGCGAGCAUCCAGGUUCUGAGCAGACACGUGCGCUUCUGUCUGUUUGACGGCAAUAAGGUUCUAAGCAACAUUCAUACAGUCAGGGCCACGUGACAACCUAAGAAACCCAAAACGUGGACCUUUUCUCAGAUUACUGGCAUCUUGCCCUGCCUGCUUGAUGCUGACUGUUUCAUCAGGUCCAAUUCUUCUUCUCCAGAUCUUGGAAUAUUAUUUGAACUUGGAAUUUCUUAUAUUCGCAAUUCAACUGGUGAAAGAGGAGAAUUAAGUUGUGGCUGGGUGUUUCUUAAACUUUUUCAUGCCAGUGGAAUUCCUAUUCCAGCAAAACCUUAUGAACUCUUCUUGAAUGGAGGCACCCCAUAUGAAAAAGGUGUUGAAGUGGACCCUUCAGUAUCCAGAAGGGCACUUGGUAGUGUUUUCCAUCAGAUGAUGACAGUGAGAAGGCAGCCUCAACUUCUAGUAAAACUGAGAUCUUUGAACAGAAGAUCAAGGAACAUGCUAAGUCUACUGCCGGAAACAUUAAUGGGAAGUAUGUACUCCGUUCAUUUGUUGAUAUUUUAUCGCCAGAUUCUUGGAGAUGUGCUCCUGAAAGACAGGAUGAGCAUGCGCAGUGCUGAUUUAAUUAGUAAUCCAGUGCUGGCCACCUUCCCCAAGCUCUUGGAGCAGCCUGACAUAAUGGAUGCACUCAGGAGUUCCUGGGCUGAGAAAGAGAGUACAUUAAAAAGAUCAGAGAAGAGAGACAAGGAGCUACUGAAGGCCGUGUUCCUCCUGGUUUAUCACGACCCCCUCCUCCACUCCGCGCUCCUGCCCCCGUUCAGGUGGGCAGAGGAGGAGACCGAGGCUGCCCGAUGGAAGGUCAUCGCCGACUUGCUCAAGCAAAACCAAGAAAACGAGGGCGCCCUCCAGGCUCUGCUGUCGCCAGCGGGGCUCCAUGAACCUUUCGGCAUUUCAGAGCAGACCUAUGACUUCUUGGGUGAAAUAAGAAAGAAUGCAGCCUGACAGCGGUGCCCCUUGACCUUCCACUUCCUGCUGAAUCUGAUAGACCCUCCAUGACAACCUGCAUCGCGUGACAAAACCAGAAGUAACUGUCCCAUCACAACUUAGGCUUUAUUCUUUUUUGUUCAGGCCACAUUCUAUAAGAAAUAUUUAUCUGAUAAUUUAAAUAUGUGUUAAUACAAUGAAGUAAAUUUUUAUAAGGAAUACUGUUAUAUCUAAAUUUAAAGAGAAUUUUUUUUCACAAACCAGCUAACAAAUUUUUGUUUUGUUUUUCUUUUUUAUUGAGUAUAGUUGAUUUACCAUAUUAUGAAAGUUUCAGGUGUACAAUAUAGUGAUUCACAAUUUUUAAAGAUUAUACUCCAUUUAAAGUCAUUAAUACUGGCUAUAUUCCCUGUGCUGUACAAUAUAUCCUUGUAGCUUAUUUAUUUUAUACUUAAUAGUUGUGCCUCUUAAUCCCCUACCCCUAUCUUGCCUCUCCCCACUGGUAACCACUAGUUUGUUCUCUAUAUCUGUGAGUCUGUUUCUUUUUUUUAUUGAAGUAUAGUUGAUUUACAAUGUUGUGUUAAUUUCUUCUGUAUAGCAAAGUGACUCAGUUAUACAUAUAUAUAUGCACUUUUUUUUUUUUUUUUUGCGGUACGCGGGCCUCUCUCUGUUGUGGCCUUUCCCGUUGCGGAGCACAGGCUCCGGACGUGCAGGCUCAGCGGCCAUGGCUCACGGGCCCAGCCGCUCCACGGCAUGUGGGAUCUUCCCGGACCGGGGCACGAACCCGUGUCCCCUGCAUCGGCAGGCGGACUCUCAACCACUGCGCCACCAGGGAAGCCCAAUAUAUACACUCUUUUUUAUAUUCUUUUCCAUUAUGGCUUAUCAUAGGAUAUUGGAUAUAGUUCCCUCUGCUAUGCAGCAGGACCUUGUUGUCCGUCCAUUCUGUAUGUAAUGCCAAGUAACAAAUUUAAGUUAACUGUAUCUAUAUAGAUUUGUAUGAAAGCAAGAUUUUAUCAAAAGCUAAAUUUAUGACUAUUCAAGAAAGUGAAAAUAUAAUCCACAGACUAGGAGAAGAUAUUUGCAAAUGAUAUAUUUGAUAAGAGUCUAGGACCCAGAAUAUAUUAAAUAUAUGAUUUUGCUAAUAAACUUUGUGUUGUGAAAUGUAGGGGAAAUCAGAAAAAAAAAAAAAAAGGGAUUGAGAGUGGGAAGCAGAGUGUGUAACCCAGGGAGCAGCUGAUGCAGGAAUGGAGGUGUAUUCUAGCACAUUCAUGUCUAAUUAGAUUCCCAUGCUGGUUUUAAAAUAAUUUGGCAAUGACCUACUACUUAGAACUGCCUACAUUUUACUCAUCCCCACCCCCCACCUCUGCCCACAAGGUGAGCAUAGCCAUAUUUUGCUUGUUCAAAGGGAAAAGCUCUCAAAAGUACAGAAAGGUAGCCAGCAGCACAUCGAGGCUACAAAAUGACAGAUUCUUGUCAGAUAUCUGAGGCCGGAAACUCAGGGCCAUCCCCAGGCCAAGGGGCAGCAUGGGAGCCCACUGAAAAUUGGUGUGGGCCAGUGUGGAGGUUAGGACCUUUUGGUGCCUGUCCUGGCUGCCCUGCCCUUUCUUUCCCUACUCCUGAGCUGCCAGUUUGGUGGGGGGCAGGGCGGAGAGAGGGAGAGAGAGAGUGAUUUAAGAGUUUCUCCAAAGAACAGAAUUAGUGUGAGAACAAAUUAAUACUGUACAAUCAACCACCUGAUGCUCAGAGAGGCCAAAUGAAGGGUAGAUUCCCUCUGGAGGCAUCAAGCGGAUAAUGCUUCCCAGAAUUGCUAAAUUUCAAGAGAAUGGUUGAGAGGUGUAUUUUCUGGUUAAAAGUGGUGAUAAGAGCCAAGGCAUUCAUUCCCUCGAAAUCAGUUCCUGAUCUUUCCUACUGACUAUAAUAAAUGUGAGAAAUGAA